CAAGAUGCGGUGUAUAGUAUUUAUAUUACAUUAACACUUGAUUUAAUUUUCAAAGCGAAUAAAAGUACUGUACGUGAAAAGUAUUGUAAGUUUAAAAGAAAAUAUGUGAGUUGAACAGUAAACGUGUAUUAUAUCGUAAAACGAGCGUUAAUAUAAUAAUCAUCCAUCCCACUCAGAUUAAUAAAGAUAUAUAUGAGUUGUAUUGAGAGUUGAGAUAGCCGCGUGACCAUACAAAUGAAUAAAAAUCAACGCAUCUCUCUCUGUAAUUUAUUGGACUCAUUGAUCAUGUUGUGUAAUCAUCUUGCGAGCUCACUUAUUUCGUUAAAAUAAAUACUAGAGGAGUAAUUAAAUAUUUUAAAUUAUAAAUUUAAUGAUUAGAGUGUUUUAGUGGAUAGUUGUUAGUUUAGUGUCCAGUUUCAGAAGUUAUAUCUAAAUAAUUCUUAUCAUUGACGUGUCGAUUUUUUUUCUUCAAUAUCAGUGGCUUAUUUUAUUGCAAUAACUUUAACUGGCUGUAAAAAGUUAACUUUCACUUUUUAUUAGUUUGAGUUUUUUUUUUUAAUUAAAAUAUGGAGACUAGUCAGUUAAUUACCAAUAAAAAUAAUGAAUAUAACUGCGAUAAAAGUUAUGAGAUGACAAAUAAUAUUGAACUUAUAAUCCGACGGCCAGUUUACCAGCAGGAAGAUAUUGAUCGUUGUUAUGAUUAUGCCGAACCAGAUAAAUCUAUAUCACGCUCGGUGAAGAAUAAGUACAAAAACUUUAAAAUAACAUCAUGUCUGAAGAAAUCGCUUCCGAUUCUUGACUGGUUACCAAAUUACCAGUGGAAAAAUGACUUGCUGGGUGACAUCGCUGCGGGAAUUACCGUAGCUGUUAUGCAUAUACCUCAAGGAAUGGCUUAUGCCAUGCUAGGAAAUGUUCCUCCAGUUGUUGGAAUGUACAUGGCAUUUUUUCCAGUUUUAGUUUACAUGAUUUUUGGAACAUCUCGACAUAAUUCAAUGGGAACAUUUGCAGUUGUUUGCAUGAUGACAGGAAAAGUUGUGUUAACUUACAGUAACAUUAACCAAGAAAAUUUAAAAAAUACAAAUUCAUCAUUACUAAUAAAUAUUCAAGAAUCGAAUACUCCUCAGUAUUCACCUUUAGAAGUAGCGACUGUUGUAACAUUCGGAGUCGCGAUAAUCCAAUUAAUAAUGUAUGUAUUGCGCCUCGGAUUGAUAUCAUCGUUAUUAUCUGACGCGCUUGUUAGCGGCUUUACAACCGGAGCUGCUGUUCACGUGUUUACCUCGCAAAUAAAAGAUCUAUUGGGACUGGAGCUCGUAAAACGUCGUGGAAUUCUUAAAGUUGUAUACACUUAUUAUGAUGUUUUUAAUUCAUUAGAUAAUAUAAAUAUCACUGCAACUAUAAUUUCUGGUAUUACAAUAUUAGCAAUCAUUUUUAAUAAUGAAGUUUUAAAACCUCGUGUAAGUAAACGAUGUACAUUUCCAAUUCCGAUUGAAAUGAUGGCUGUAAUAAUAGGAACAGUAGUAUCAACUAAAAUGAACCUAAAUGAAGUAUAUAAUGUCAUCACUGUAGGCCAUAUUCCUGUCGGACUUCCAGUUCCAUCACUGCCUCAAAUCUCAUUACUUCCAUCGAUAAUGAUUGAUUGUUUUGUGAUAACAAUGGUAUCAUACUCGAUAUCGAUGUCAAUGGCACUAAUAUUUGCUCAAAAAAUGAACUACCAAGUGGACGCUAAUCAGGAAUUAAUGGCGCAAGGCUUGGGCAAUCUUGUUGGAUCUUUUUUUUCGUGUAUGCCGUUCACUGCCUCGCUGUCGCGAUCUCUAGUCCAGACUGCUGUUGGUGGAAAAACCCAGCUUGCUAGUUUAGUAUCAUGUUUUUUACUUUUGUUCGUACUGCUUUGGAUUGGCCCGCUUUUGGAGCCUCUACCAAGGUGCGUUUUGGCGAGUAUUAUCGUAAUCGCAUUGAAGGGUAUGUUCUUGCAAGUAAAAGACUUAAUAAAAUUUUUCAAACUCUCAGCAAGCGACGCUGCUGUAUGGAUAGCUACGUUUUUAACAGUAAUUAUUCUUGAUGUUGAAUAUGGAUUACUUGUCGGUGCUAUUUUUUGUCUUCUCAAAUUGAUAAUGCUGUCGAUGAAACCGUACACUUGUAAAUUAGCUGUUGUACCUGGAACGGAACUUUAUUUGGAUACCAAUAGGUAUCACAAGACAGUAGAAAUUCCAGGCGUCCAAAUGUUUCAUUACUGCGGCGGCCUAAAUUUCGCAACAAAGUUACACUUUAAAAGGCAUUUAGUUCAAGCUGCUGGAGUAGAUCCAUUAAAAAAAUCAAGUAAUUGUUACAAAUCUGAAAGUAAAGAAGAAGUAAUACAAGAGGAUACCAAAAGUUUGCAGGUACUGAUAAUAGAUUUCUCAGCGCUAAUUCAUAUUGACCCAGCUGGUGUAACGACAGUACGUGGUAUAAUUGAAGAUUAUAUAAAGAUUGGAGUUUAUGUUUACCUUGCUGGUUGCUCAGGACCUGUUUUUGAAAUGAUUAGAAAAUGUAAUUCAGUUGAAAAGGUCACAAAUGUAUUUAUGAUAUUUCCAACUGUAAAUGAUGCUGUUAAUUACGCGCGAAAUGAAAAUGUCAUUUCUUCACCAUCAAUAUCAACAUGGCCGACGUAUCAACAAAUUUGUGAUCAAAAUAGUAGUAUAAAUCGAUUAUAAUUUAAAUUAUUGUUGUAAAUAAUUAAUUAUUAAUUAUAUUUAUAAAUUUAUAAAAUUAAAAA